GUACACGUGGGUGUUUGUAUAAUGCGAAGGUGAGGCCCGAAGGGCCGAGCCGAGCACGGUGAGUACACAUGCCUUAUCCCCUCUCCCUCAUGAACGGAUGGAUGCAUGGCUAUAAGCCUCACCAACCUAGCAGGGGUCUUGAUGCACGUCUGCACAUACACGCAACACACAGACACACACACACAGAAAAAGAGAGAGAGAGAGAGAGAGAGACAUACAGGAAAACACAUGAGGAGAUGAGACGGGCAAUGGGUGGACACGUGUGGUGCGGUCUAAUGGAUGCGUACUUUGCCUACUUUGCCCUCAAGCGUGUAGCCGUGGGGACACAUGUAUUGCGGAGGGACAGUGACGCGGGACGACACGGGCUAAAGGGACACGUAGAGACCACACGUAGAGACCACACACACAAUGAUCAAGUGAUCCAUUGAUUGCUAUUCUGUUUCCUCCCCGUCUUUGUCUCUGUCUGCAAUACAGACCUUUCUGCAUUUAAAUGGGAGCCGUACUUCCGUUUCGCGUACAUGUCUGCAUGACAUACAGGCACACACAUGAGCUACAGACAAUGUCCAUCCAUCCAUUCGUGUGUGUGGUGUGGCCUAGCGUACGCAUUGCCAGCCGUCCUGCGGGGUUGUAGCGUUUGGAGCACCUGGCCUGCAGGUGUGCUUGCGAUCUUGAUGCACUCCCCUUCACCAGGUAUACCUGGUUUGUCCCAAUUUCUCGGGUACUACCCCUGCAGACACGAAAGAGAGAAGGGAACGUAUGCGUUUGCAUGCGUGUGCAUGUGUGUGACCAGCCGCGACCACUGGGCAGUAGGAUAAGACACCGAAUUUGCUCCCGGUGGAUUCGGUGUAGGCCUACUUAGAAACUUUCCCCCCAUUCCCGCCACUGAUAUGUAUACCCGGACUCACAGUACGGGAUGGCGGGCAUCGUGUGGGGCAUGUAGUGCCCCAUGGGCAGUGCACCUCAUUGUCGUUUUCCUCAUCGCCAUAAAGGAGAGGAUGACACAGCACAGCACAACAGACAUUCAUCAGCUAUGUGCGUGACGCGUGUGUCUGGUGUGGGGCGUGUGCGUGGGGUGGGGGGGUGCGGCGCGCCUGCCAGUGGCUCGCUACAUUGGAGCCAGUAGUCUUGGCCUUUGUCUCCAUCUUCAUCGGCGCCAUCUGUGGUAUGUUAUGCAAAGUUGCAUUCUCCCCAGCUGGGGCCAUGGGGGCCAUAGUCAUCGCGGUGGGCGCUGGUGUAUAGGUGGUGCUCUCCCGGCGGAGGAUGUCACGCUGGCAAACGACGACAGUACCUGCUGCAAUGAAAGGUAGCGCACACAACACCACAGAGAAAUCAGAUGAGUUUUGUGUGUCGGGAGCGCCUGCACUGACCUGAUCCUUCUUAUCUUCGUGUGUUCUCACGACGGCGUCCCGCGAUAUGCCUUCGGGCGCAGCUUGCACAAGCACGACACACCACAGCGAGACGGAUGGAUGGAUGGAUGGGCAGAUCUACGGCAGAUCUAUCCCCGGCCCCCACACCCCCACACACGUACCUGUGCGAGUGUGGCCUGAAGGCCCAGGAGGGCGAUGAGCACGACGCUGGAGAUCAUACUCGCAACGUAACCGGGCUUUUCACGGAGACCCGCAAAGUCAUAAUACUGUGGUCAGUUUUUCACGUAGAGGGCCAGUUUUCCACUCGGGGCUUCAGUUCCGUUGCAGAGCGCCGGCCUUCCG